GCUGCGCCGGUGGAAGUACAGCAAAGCAAGCAUGUCCUGGAGGAACCAAAAAUUCGGCUACUGGUCAAUCGCUUGUAAGCGCUUGUGUUGAUUGUGGAACUGGUUAUUAUAGUGCUACUGGGUCAUCUAGUUGUACAUUGUGUCCUGCUGGACAGUCUUGUCCAUCAACUCAGACAACAACUCCUCAAGAUUGUCCUGCUGGCCAAUUUUCUCCUGAUGGAGCAGCAACAUGCACAGAUUGCAGUUCCGGACACUUUUGUCCUACUGUAAACAGUAAAACCCAAACUGCAUGUCCUGAUGGCUAUUAUCAAACUGCUUCAGGACAAGCAAAUUGCAAUAAUCAAUGCCCAGCUGGUCACGAAUGUCCAGGAAAAAGUACCGCUGUUCAAUGUGCCAAAGGAUUUUAUAGUCCCGCUGCAGAAGGUGGAUGUAAGCCUUGCGCAAGCGGCUCCUAUUCUUCUUCACCAGGGGCCGCAAGUUGUACUCAAUGCCCCGCUGGAUACAAGUGUGCAGACCCAACAUCAACUGCUGUAAAAUGCCCAAAGGGAUGGAUAUCUGCUGCUGGAAAAAUUGCUUGUACAAAAUGUGCGGCUGGACAACAAUCGGAUUUAGAUAAUGAAAACUGUGUUGACUGUACUGCUGGAUACAAAUGCCCAGACCCUGAAGCCAAUCCUGUAGCUUGUUCAACUGGUGAAUACUCACUAUCUGGAGCAAGUUCGUGUAGUCCCUGCCCUGCUGGAAGCCAAUGUCCAAGUAAAAAUAGUGCAUCCGCAUGUCCACUAGGAACUUAUUCUACAGGCGGAUGGGCCACUUGUAAAGAUUGUCCUGGAGGAUACAGUUGCACGUCUUCAACAAGUCCUGUGCAGUGUGUUGGUGGAAAAUAUUCUGCAUCACAAUCUAUGACAUGCUCUACCUGCCAGGCAGGAAAUUAUUGUCCACUUGGAGCCGAUAGGGAAUAUGCUUGUCCAACUGGUACUUAUAGUGCAGCAGGAGCAACUGCUUGCACUGAUUGUCCAGCUGGUAAAAGUUGUCCAUCGCCUGGUAAUACCGCUACUGACUGUGAAGCCGGACAAUAUUCUUUUGCUGGAGAAACAACUUGCACUGAUUGUCCAGCUGGUCAUUCCUGUCCAAGUAAAGAUCAAGUGCCAGCUCCUUGUGCCUCUGGAUAUUAUCAAACAUCACAAAAGCAAACAUCGUGCACCCAGUGUCCUGCUGGAAGCUAUUGUGAUUCGGCCACAGCAUCUCCAAAGCCUUGCCCAGGAGGAUAUCAGAGUUUGGCUGGAGCAACAAGUUGUGAGGCAUGUCCCUCUGGAUAUAGCUGCAGUGGCAAUGAUCUAGCUACACCGAAUGCAGCUUGCCCAGCAGGUCACUACUCCUCAACUGGAGACGUGGACUGUCACGAAUGCCCUGCAGGGAAAUAUUGUCCAACAACACAGAUAACAGCACCAAUUGACUGCGCUCCAGGAACUUACUCCUCUGCUGCCGCUACAGCCUGCACAAACUGUUCACCAGGAAAAGCAUGCCCAAAUCUGGAUGGUUCUGGAAUAUUAGAUUGUACCCCCGGACAAUAUUCAUUGAGCAAUGCUAUUGCAUGCACAACUUGCUCACCUGGAUAUGCCUGUCCAAACACUACAAGGCCAAUUGUUAUCAAAUGCUCUCCUGGAUUCUAUUCCAUUGGAGGUCAAGACGAGUGUACACCAUGUACACCAGGAAAUGCGUGUCCUGACAUAGAAAAAGCGACUAUUAAUCCAUGUCCAAUAGGAACAUAUGCAGUAGCAAAUCAGUCUACAUGUACUACAUGCCCAGCAGGUUUUGAAUGUCCGGAUAUCGAUCAAGAUACAAAGAAACCUUGUGAAGAGGGAUAUUAUUCAUUUGGAAAUCAGGAAAAAUGUACCUACUGUCCAGAAGGAUAUAGCUGCCCCCACAAACAUAAAGGACCUCAGCUAUGUGAUCAAGGUUUUUAUAGCGAAGCAAAAUCCGUUAAUUGCACCGGUUGCGAACCCGGCUUUGCUUGUCCUGAACCUCAAGCGACAAAGAAAAGCGAAUGUGCACCUGGAACUUACUCUUCAGGAGGAGCUAUUGUAUGUUCUCAAUGUGACCCUGGGUUCAGAUGCAAAAUGGGUUCAACCUCUCCUAGACCUGAUGAUGGUAUUUGUGAGAAGGGUGGAUGGUGCGAUGGGAAAGCCUUUUACGCCUGCCCAUCAGGAACUUACAACCCUUUAAAUGGUUCCUCCAGCGAAACUGACUGUAAACCGUGUCCUCCAGGAUUCUUUUGUACUGGACCAGGAGAAAUAGAUUAUUCUGAUAAACACUGUCCACCUGGACACUACUGUUUGCAAGGAACUACAAUUAGCACAAAUUUUCCAUGUCCAGGAGGAACAUUCUUUGACAAGGUAAAUGCUACAAGUAAAAACGAUUGCCUACCUUGUCCAGAAGGUUUUUACUGUCCACCUGGAAAUUCAGUUCCAAUAAUCUGUCCUGCUGGCUUCUGGUGUACUGCAUCUCAAAGUACAGGAGUCCAGAAUGCUUGCCCUCUAGGAACAUUUAGCAGUCUAACAGGCCUUAAAAAUUGGACUCAGUGUACAGACUGCACCGUUGGUCAUUAUUGUCCGUUUGGAACUGAAACAGAACCAAGAAUUUCACCAUUGCCUUGUCCAUCUGGAACUUAUAAUCCUAAUGAUAGAACUGGAGAUAUUUUAAAUUGUAGAAGAUGCGAUGCAGGAUAUUCUUGCCCAAGAAUUGGCCAACAUAACGUAACUGACCCAUGCGAGGAAGGAUAUUACUGUCCUAACGGCACAAUUACACCUGGUGAAUUUCCUUGUCUGCCUGGAACUUACACGGAUCAAAUACAUUUGAGAUCAGCAGAUGAAUGUUCGCCUUGUCCCGAAGGACACUACUGUGAUUGGGGAACAGCAAAUUUCAGCAGCUCGAAGCCGCCAAGACCUUGUAAACAAGGUCAUUAUUGCCCUGCACAAACAACAGCUCCAGAUAGAUUUCCAUGUCCAGCGGGAACAUAUACAAGUCAGUCAGAUUUAGCAAGAGCUGAUCAAUGCACACCAUGUACUGAAGGAAACUAUUGUCUUGGAGGUGAAUCCAGUCCAAGUGACAUUUGUCUUCCUGGGCAUUAUUGCCCCACAGGAUCAAGAUUUGCUACUGAAUUUGCAUGUCCGAAUGGAACUUAUAAUAAAAAUUAUGGAAUGAAAAGUCUUGCCGAUUGCUUAAAUUGUACUCAAGGACACUAUUGUGAGGAAGCAUACGAAUUACCAAAAGAUUGUCCAGAAGGAACAUACAUGCCGUACGGAACAGAAGUUGCAACCGGUGACUUCAAAGGUCCUGGAGGGCCAGCACAAAGAGAAUUUGCUUGUCUUGACUGCCUUGCUGGCUACUUUUGUGGCGUUGCAGAAGUUACACCACAACCAUGUGGUAAAGGGAAGUAUUCAAAAAAAGGACAAAAGCAAUGCGUUAUAUGCGAAAUUGGUCAUUAUUGCGAUGAGGAUGCUACGUCAGAAGAAGCUAUGCUUAAGAAUAAGAGGUGCCCAGCAGGACAGUUCUGUCAAGCUGGAUUACAAGCUUUAGGGGAUGCUGUUGAUUGCUCUCUUGCUAAAUAUUGUCCAGAAGCAACUAAGGAAAUGAUUAAUUGUCCAGUGGGAACAUUUAACCCUACAACGGGAAAGGGUAACAAAACAACCGAUUGUCUUCCAUGUACCGAAGGAUAUUAUUGUCUGGAAGGAAGUUCAAGUGCAACUGGUGCUUGUGAAAAAGGCUUUUACUGUCCAAGUCCAAUACCAAACCCUUAUAGUAAUGAUCCACCUGAAAUUGGCUCUUACGGUCCAAAACAAGAACAAUGUCCAGAAAAAACCUACACUGAUGUCACAGCUACUAAGAAACUGGGUGACUGUAAAAUUUGUCCUGCUGGUUAUUAUUGUACUAGAGCAAGUUCAGCACCAAUAGAUUGUCCAAGAGGAUAUUUUUGCGUUGAAGGAGUAGAAAAACCUGCUCCUUGUCCAAUUGGCCGAUACGGCAACGAAUCUAAUGCCGACGCUUUAGAGAAAUGUCCGCUUUGUGAUAAGGGAUGGUACUGCGAUGCUCCAGGUUUGUUACAACCAAGAGCCCCUUGCGAUCCCGGUUAUUUAUGUCACGAAGGCGCCAAAGAAUCUGGUCCCACAGAUGGCGUAACUGGUGAAAUUUGUCCAGCUGGAGGAUAUUGUACCCUUGGUUCUUAUGUGGCUAAGAAUUGUCCAUUGGGUACAUAUUCGAACGUCACUGGUGCUGUGAACGAAUAUGAUUGUUUUGAUUGUGAUCCUGGAUAUUACUGUUCUGCAGUAUCUGGAGGAGAACCUACUGGAUUGUGCUGGGGAGGAUACUAUUGUACCGGAAGAGCGAAAACUCCCAGACAAAACUAUACUUUGCCAGGUUAUUACUCACCAAAUGGCUCGGUUGCUCCCAGAGAAUGUGAAAUAGGCUCAUAUCAACCGUACGAGGCUCAGCCCGAUUGUAUAACAUGCGAACCAGGAUUCUACUGUCCUGAAAAGAAGAUGGAUCACAACAUUGCUUGUCCAGCAGGUAAAUUCUGUGGAAAUGGUAGCUAUGUACCUCAAGAUUGUCCACCAGGAACGUUUUCAAAUAGAACUCAUAUGACACACGUAGAAAAUUGUACAGAUUGUCCACAAGGAUACUAUUGCCAAGAUAGAGGUAUAACAGAACCAACAGGAAAAUGCAAAGCGGGUCAUAUAUGCUUCCAAAAUGCUCUGAACGACGACCCUGUCUUCAAUGAUGAUGUGUCUAGUAACAAAACUAUUGUUACUUACGGUGAUGUUUGCGCACCAGGCCAUUAUUGUCCAGCUGGAACCGCUUUGAUGAUUCCUUGUCCGAGAGGGACUUAUAAUCCAGACAGGGGAGGUAUCUCAGAAGCGUCAGCUUGUAAACCCUGUCCCGCUGGCAGCUACUGUAAUGGAACCGGUCUCUCAGGUGUUUCAGGAGCAUGUGAUAAGGGAUACUAUUGUGUAGGCAGAGCUUUUCUACCAAAUCCAAAUGACAAUACUACAGGAUUUAUUUGUCCACAAAAUCAUUUUUGCGUAGAAGGAAGCCAAGUACCUAAAACAUGUCCUCUUGGUUAUAGUGCAAAUUUUACAGGUUUAUCAGAGUGCACAUUGUGCCUAGCCGGGUAUUGGUGUUUGCCAGGAGAAUACCCAAGAUUAUGUCCCAAGGGAUCUUAUUGUCCAGCUAGUACAAAUUCCAUUCCUCUUACGAUACCAAAAGCUUGCCCAGAAGGUACGUAUGGAGGACGAGAUGGCCUAGAGAAGUCAGAUGACUGUAGCAGUUGCGAUCCUGGACAUUAUUGUGUAGGAACUGGACAAACUAACUCUACAGGAUUAAUUCAAGCUGGACAUUGGUCAACAACAGGCUCAACAACAUCAACUCCUGCUGAAGAUGACUCUGUAAUUAGAGGAUUAUGUCCAAAAGGUUACUACUGUCCAGAAGGUAGUAGUAGACCAGUUUCUUGUCCAUCAGGUACUUUUGGUUUUGGAUGGAUGUAUAAGACUGUCGACGAUUGUAAUCCUUGCGAAGGCGGUAAAUACUGUCCCGAAACGAAUAUGACAACAAGCGGUCCAGACUGUUAUGCUGGUCAUUAUUGCUCAUCUAAAUCACCAGUUCCUGAUCCUGUUAAUCAAACAUAUGGUAGCGAAUGUCCAACAGGUUUCUUCUGUCCUCUUGGCUCAGCGACACCUGAGCCUUGUCCAGCUGGAAAAUUCCAAAAUGAAACGAGACAGAGCGUGUGUAAAGAUUGUCCUCAAGGAUUUUAUUGCCCGUUAAAUACAAGCAAUCCAUUCUCUUGUCCCUCUGGUUACUGGUGCAUUGCCAAUCAACAAGAAGCAUUUUUAAAUCCAUGUCCAAUCGGAACCUACAACAAUCUUACAGAAAGGCGAACAGUUGCAACAUGUCGAUCAUGUCUUCCGGGUCAUUAUUGUGCCAUUCCAGGUUUAAGUGAACCUACUGAUGAAUGUGAUCCUGGAUGGUAUUGUCUAACUCGAUCAACUGCAGCUCAACCAGCUGUCGCCGCUGAAGGAGGAAGAUGUACUGCUGGUAAUUUCUGUCCAAAGGGAAGCUCACAACAAAUACCUUGCACUCCUGGAAUGUAUUGUAAUAAUGCAGAAUUAGCAGAACCAGCUGGUAAUUGUUCGGCCGGCUACUAUUGCUCUGCCGCAUCGACAACACCAACUCCAACAGAUGGUGUUAUGGGUAAUUUGUGCCCAAAAGGAUUCUAUUGUCCCAGUGGUAGCGAAAGUGGUAUAGGAUGUCCACCUGGUUCAAUGCUUAACGUUACUGGAGGCAAAUCAAUAGAUGAGUGUUUUAACUGUACUAAAGGAUAUUAUUGCAGUGGUUAUGGAAAUGAUGAUCCAACAGGACCUUGUGAUCCUGGUUAUUAUUGUCCAACAGGAAUAUCUCUUCAAAAUCCAUCUGAAUACAUUUGCCCUAUUGGUCACUUUUGCGUAGGGAAUAAUCACGAACCAGUAAGAUGUGUUUCAGGAACUUACCAAGAUCAAACAGGACAAAGCCAAUGUAAAGAGUGUCCGAAAGGAUUCUUCUGUGAUAACACAAUUGCGCCAGUCGUUCUCUUCAGUAGUUCAAAAUGUCCAGAAGGUCAUUACUGUCCACCUGGUACGAAACAUUCAACGGAAUUUAGAUGUCCAUCUGGAACAUAUAGCAAUUUCACCGGAUUAGAAAAUGUAACAGACUGUCUUCCAUGUCCAGGAGGUUUCUACUGCGAUGCUGAAGCCCAGAUAUCAUAUUCCAAAAUUUGCCAAGAAGGAUACUUCUGCAAACAAUACGCCAAAACAGCUACACCAACCCAAAAUACAGAUGCAAACGUAUGCCCUAUAGGUCAUUUCUGUCCUUCAGGCACAAGUCAACCAAAGAAAUGCCCUAUCGGAACUUUUUCGAGUGCAACCCUUUUAACCAAAGAAUUAGACUGUCUUAAUUGUACAGCUGGAUACUACUGUGCUGAUUUAGGUAGAACAGAACCAAAUGAUCCUUGUUCAGCAGGAUACUAUUGUCCUGUGGGAUCGAGUAGUCCCACGCAAAUUGAUUGUCCCAUGGGAUACUAUUGCGUUAAUGGCAGUGCAGAUCCAACAAAGUGCCCUAUAGGAACUUUCUCAAACAGAACGAUUGUUAAGGCUAAAGACGACUGCCUUAAAUGUCUUGGUGGAUGGUAUUGCGACACUGAAGGAUUGAUCACACCAACAGGUCUUUGCAGUGAAGGAUAUUUCUGUCCUGAAGGAUCAAGUUCAAGACAACCAGCUGCUACUCCAUGCCCAGUUGGAAAUUAUUGCCCAGAAGGAUCAGCAGCUCCAUUACCUUGUCGAAACAAUACCCACGUCAAUCAUACACAUGCAGUACAGUGCUAUAAUUGUCCUGCUGGUUUCUAUUGUGUUAAACAAGGGUCCUCUGAAAUAUGUCCAAAAGGCUACUAUUGUCCAGCUGGCACUGGCUUAGACUGGAAAGCCUGUCCAAGAGGAUCAUAUAGUGAUGUUGAAGGAUUAUAUGAAAGAUCUCAAUGCAAACAGUGCCCGCCCGGAAAAUACUGUGACGGAGAACAUCUCGCGACACCAUCAGGAGAUUGUGGUGAGGGGCACUUUUGUACUUAUGGAGUAGAUCAGAAAUACCCAACGGGAAUAAAUCAAACUGGACCAUUUAAUAAUACUUGCUAUGACGACAGAGAAAUUGGAUCAGGAGGAAUAUGUCCAGUCGGCCAUUACUGUAGUCAAGGUAGUUUUGAACCCACGCCUUGUGCCAACGGAACCUACGCCAAUAAACCAGGUUCUGCUUCAUGCAACAUAUGUCCUCAAGGUUAUUGGUGUCCACUUGGCAGUGUCAACUUUACAGAUUAUCCAUGUCCUAAAGGAUACUAUUGCCCAGUUGGAACCAAGUGGAUCAAUGAUAAUCCAUGCCCAGCAGGAACGUUUAAUAAUAGGACAAUGAGAUUCAAAUUAGAUCAUUGUUUAGCUUGUCCAGGAGGAGAAUAUUGUAAGGACGAAGCAUUGUCUGAAACAUCAGGACUCUGUGAUGCAGGAUAUUAUUGUAAUAUAAACUCAACCACAGCUACACCGUCAGGAGGUUAUAUGGGAGAUAUUUGUAAAGCCGGGUACUACUGUCCAGCAGGAUCUGAUCAUCCUUAUCCUUGCAAGCCUGGACACUUCUGUUCAGGUGACGGACUUAAUUAUACUUCUGGCCUAUGCUCACCUGGUUACUUCUGUACAAUUAAAGCAACAAUUGCUAAUCCAACCGAUGGUAACAUAACUGGAGAUAUAUGUCCAACGGGUGCGUACUGUCCUCAAGGAAGUUAUGCUCCUCUACUCUGUCAAGUUGGCACAUACUUGAAUGGAACUGGAAAUGAUGAAGCAGCCGAUUGCCUGCCCUGCACACCAGGAUCUUUCUGUCGUGGAAGCGGUAAUGCUAUACCAGACGGACCUUGUGCUGCUGGUUGGUAUUGUCCUCCAAGCCAGAGUGAUCCUAGACCUGUAGGAUAUAAUUGUACUUUGGGACAUUAUUGUCCUGAAGGAAGUGCCCAACCAGUCAGAUGCUCAAGUGGAAAAUAUCAAGAUGAACUUGGAUCAACAACAUGUAAAACAUGCCCGGCUGGUUAUUACUGCGAUUCAACUUUCGACCCAGUGGUACUCUACAACAGCUCUUAUUGUCCUAAAGGCUACUACUGCCCAAUUGAAACUAAGUAUGCAAAGGAAUUCCCGUGUCCUAUAUCUACUUUCUUGAAUGUUACUCACAAAACAAGUGAAAGUGAUUGCUUCCCUUGUAGAGGAGGAUACUACUGUGAUCAAACGGGACUUGCGGAGCCGACUGGACCAUGUGACGCAGGUUAUUACUGUCACCAUAGCUCAAACAGCUCUUCGCCAAAUCUAGGAGAACUCGGAGACGAAUGUCCACCUGGUUUCUAUUGUCCGGAAAAUUCGGUUGCUCCUCAAGCUUGUCCACCAGGGACAUACAGUUCAGCUAUGAAAUUGAAAUCCAUUUUAGAAUGUACCAACUGUACUGGUGGUAAAUACUGCUCUAAAUGGAACAUGACAGUCAUAGAAGGAGAUUGUCAAGCCGGCUAUUAUUGUCCUAGUGGAGCUGAUAAAGCAGACUUUAUAAGUUGUCCGGCAGGAUCAUACUGUCCAACAGGAAGCAUAAAUCCAACAUUCUGCCCAAGAGGAACAUAUUCAAACUCUUUAACUCUAACUGCAGUAGAAUUAUGUAACAACUGUACAACUGGUUUCUACUGUCCACAAGAGGGACAGACUGAUGCAACUCUCACUUGCUGGGGAGGAUUUUAUUGUCCUCCUGGUCAAUUUGAUCCUAAUCCAGCAGAGUUCAUAUGUCCUGUUGGUCUUCAUUGUCCAAAUGGAAGUAGCACUUACAAGCAAUGCCUACCAGGAUACUUUACAAAUAGCACUGGAAAUAGUGAAUGUCAAAUAUGUCCAGCUGGCUACUACUGCUUACCAGUUCUUCCACAAAAUGCUUCUCUCAAUGCUCAGUUGUGUCCAAAAGGCUAUUAUUGCCCUGAAGGAACGGAACUGAACUGGAACAGCUGUCCAAGAGGUACAUUCAGCAAUGUUGAAGGUCUAAAAACGGUUACUGAGUGUACUCCUUGCACCGGAGGAAAGUACUGUGACGGUAUCCAUCUUGUCGAUGUAAGUGGCGAUUGCAAAGCUGGUCACUACUGUGAAUCUGGUUUAGAUAGAUUAAAUCCAAUCAUUAAUAAUAAUUCAGGAAUAGCAACAGAUUGUCCAACAAACGCAUUCUAUACUGGCAUAGGAGGAUUAUGUCCAAAGGGACAUUAUUGUCCAACCGCAUCAGACAAACCUCUGCCAUGUGAACCGGGUACUUAUGCUGAUAAUGAAGGACAAGCUUUGUGUACGUUAUGUCCUGAAGGAUACUACUGUUUGGCCAACUCAACAGAUUUUGUAAAUAACCGCUGUCCAGCUGGCUAUUAUUGCAAGAAUGGAACAAAACAUGCCUUCGAAUUUCCCUGUCCAGCUGGAACAUAUAAUCCUUCCGAGUUAGGAACUUCAGAAAAUAAUUGUCUAGAAUGUACAGGAGGAUUGUAUUGUCAAGGAACUGGAAAUCCACAACCAACUGGAAACUGUAGCGCAGGCUGGUAUUGCACAAAAGGUUCUGACGAUCCAAAAACAACUACCAAAGGAGGAAAGUGUCAACCAGGAUAUUAUUGUCCGCUUGGUUCUAAGAGUCCUAGUCCAUGUCCCCCUGGUGAAUACUGCGAAACUGAAGAGCUAGCUGCACCAACAGGUAAUUGUAGUGCAGGUUAUUAUUGUACUGGAGCCAGUGAAAAGAGAGAUCCUGUAAACGAAAGUUAUGGAAACAAAUGCCCAGCAGGAUUCUACUGUCUUGAAAAAUCUGAAGUCCCUACUCCCUGUUCUCCUGGGACAUAUAGUCCAACUGAGGGAAAUACACUUGAAGCUGACUGUCAACCUUGUUCUUUUGGAGAUUAUUGUCAAGGAUAUAAUCUAACUCAAACAAGUGGAAAUUGCACAAGAGGAUAUUACUGUCCUCAAGGACAACAAGUAAAUAACCCUUUCAUAUGUACAGUAGGUCACUACUGUCCAGAAAGUUCUGCUAACCCAAUCUUAUGUCCAAGUGGGUAUUAUCAAGAUCAGACGGGACAGUGGACAUGCAAACUAUGUCCAUCAGGAUACUAUUGUGACAAUUCAACAGGCGUUGUUGUGAUUAAUGACAAUAUCAAAUGUCCGAAAGGUUAUUAUUGUCCUCCUGGUACAAGACACUCUCAGCAAUGGCCUUGUCCUGUUGGAACAUUCGGUAACUUAACAGCUUUUAACUCAAGUAUGGAUUGUACUCCUUGUUCACCUGGAAAGUAUUGUAGUAGCGUUGGACUAACAGAACCAACUGAUUUCUGCGCUGAAGGAUAUUAUUGUAGACUCUACGCUGAAACUUCAACACCGAACCAAGCAAGCAAUGCCAAUAUAUGUCCACAGGGAUCCUACUGUCCAAAAGGCAGUGAACAACCCAUACCCUGCAUACCAGGUACUUACGGAGCAUCAACAGGUUUAGCAAACGUGACUGGCUGUACGCAAUGUACCCCUGGAAAGUAUUGUGAAUCAAGUGGACUAUUGGCUGUUGAAGGUGAUUGUCACCAAGGUUACUAUUGUCCUCUAGGUUCUAAAUUGAGACGAGAAAUAAUUUGCCCAGUUGGUCAUUAUUGUCCUACUGGUUCGGCAACUCCUGAAAGAUGUCCAUUGGCUACUUUCAAUCCAUACCUUGGCUUAAAUAGCUCAGAUCAAUGUACCAGUUGUACUGCUGGAGAUUAUUGUGGCACGCAAGGAUUAAAUGCAACAACAGGACCUUGCGAAAGUGGUUAUUAUUGUCCUACCGGUCAGCAAUCGUCUAAAGCUAUUGUUUGUCCAGUAAGACAUUACUGUCCGAUUCAAUCGUCCAUCCCACUACCAUGUCAGAAUGGAACUUACAUGAAUCAUACUCAAGCUGCGGUAUGCGACAUUUGCCCUGCAGGAUUUUACUGCUUGGGUGGAGAAUUGACUGAUCGAUGUCCGGAAGGUUACUAUUGUCCAGAAGCCACUGGCAAUAACUGGCAAUCUUGUCCACUAGGAACCUAUAACAACGAUACAGGUUUGAAAAUGAUAAGUGAAUGUAAACCAUGUCCAGGCGGUCAAUACUGCAACGAUUAUCCUCCUGUGAAUCCCAGUGGUUUGUGUGCACCAGGCUACUUCUGUGAAUAUGGAGAAGAUAGAUCAAAACCAACAGGUGGAAAUAUAACUUACGGUAUAAACGGAAGCUGCCUACUAUCUGGAAUAGAAACAGGCAAAGGAGGAAUAUGUACACCAGGUCAUUAUUGUCCCGAAGGAACAAUAGUUCCACUACCAUGCGGAGCUGGUACUUAUAGUAACAGAACUGGACUUCAUCAAUGUCUACAGUGUCCUGCCGGCUACUAUUGCGAAGCAGAGGCUGAAACUUAUCUCGAUACACCAUGCCCAACUGGAAGGUACUGUCCACCUGGAACUAAAAUGGCCAAUGAAUUCUUAUGUCCAAUCGGUACCUUUUAUAAUCAAACGCAUGGCAAAGAAUUAUCUGAUUGUCUUGCUUGUACCCCUGGAAUGUAUUGCGAAACUACUGGCCUUCCAGCUCCAACUGGAAAAUGUGCUCCAGGCUGGUACUGUACAAUCAAUGCUACACAAAGAAUGGAAACUGUACAAGGAGGCCAGUGUCAACCAGGAUUCUAUUGUCCUGAAGGAACCCAUAAACCUCUGGAUUGCGAUCCUGGAACAUACUGUGAAACUGCUGGUCUUGAUUCACCAACUGCUAAUUGUUCAGCAGGAUAUUACUGUACUCUGAGAGCAAUUAUUCAAAAUCCAACAGAUGCUACCACAGGAGAUAUAUGCCCUGUUGGACACUUCUGUCCGAUAGGAUCUUCAGUUGCCACCCCAUGUCCAACAGGAACAUUCUUGAAUGCUACUGGACAGGAUGAUGUCGGUGAUUGUGUAGAUUGUACUUUAGGAAAAUACUGCCCUGGUACUGGUCGUCAACUACCAAUGGAUGACUGCGAUCAAGGUUUCUACUGUCCUGGAAAACAAAAUGUUUCCUCUCCACAAAGCUAUAUUUGUCCUGUUGGACAUUAUUGCCCAAGAGGUUCACCUGAACCAAUUCGAUGUCAGAACGGAACAUAUGAAGACAGAUUUGGAUCUUGGAUGUGCAAGAUUUGUCCUACUGGCUACUUCUGUGAUAACACAAUGAAUAUUGUUAUUUUAGAUAAUACAACCACAAUAUGUCCAAUGGGAAGUUACUGCCCGGACGGAACGAGUUAUAAAAAUGAAUUCUUGUGCCCAAUUGGCACAUUUAACAAUAGAACAGGAUUAAGAGAAGAAUCCGCCUGUACCCCAUGUAUUGGCGGCUACUAUUGUCCAACGCCUGGAAUGGUGACAGUAACAGAUCUUUGUGAUGCAGGAUAUUUCUGUAAACAAGGAGCCAGAAUCUCCGCUCCCAAUCAAGGUUUAGAUGCUAACAUCUGUCCAGUAGGAUUCUAUUGUCCUCAAGGAACUGCUGACCCUGAACCAUGUCCCAAGGGAACUUAUAAUAAUAGAACAGGUUUACAGAAACUCCAAGACUGCAUCGACUGUCCAUCGGGAGAAUAUUGUCAAGAAAUUUCCAUGAUACAAACCAGCGGAUUGUGCUCGGCAGGUUAUUAUUGCGAAAUCAAUUCAAACAGUUCUCACAGAACAAUAUGCCCUGCCGGUUAUUAUUGUCCGGAAGGUAGUCCAUCUCCAACUGCCUGUCCUAGAGGAACAUUUUCUACUAGUUUAGGACUUGCAAAUAGUAGUCAGUGUACUCCUUGUAUUCCUGGCUCUUAUUGUAACGGUACAGGCUUAAACGGACCAACAUCUAUCUGUGAUGAAGGAUAUUACUGUCCAGGCGGUAACUCUGAGCCAAACCCUAUUGCUACACCAUGUCCAAUCGGUUUACAUUGUCCUUCUGGAUCAUCAACACCCGUGCCAUGCCUACCAGGAACAUUUGCUAACUUCUCCCAAGCAGCUAGCUGUGCUGAAUGUCCAGGUGGAUUUUAUUGCGUUCCCGAAGAAGUUAUUCAAGGAAAUUCAUCAAGCGGUCAUCGGCUGUGUCCGAGAGGAUUUUAUUGUCCCGCUGGAACUGGAAGAAACUGGACUGCUUGUCCACCUGGAACUUUCUCCAAUGAGCUCGGAUUAGAAGAUGUGGGUCAAUGUACACAAUGCACAGGAGGAUUCUAUUGUGAUACAACCAACUUAACUUCUCCAACUGGACCUUGCUCUCCUGGUUACUACUGCACUUCAGGAGUUAAUGUUCCAACGCCAUCUACUGGUCACCUGGGCAUAGGAGGCGAAUGCCCGACUGGUAAUCAAUGUCCUGGUACGACAGUUGUUCCAGAAAAUUGUCAAGCUGGAUAUUAUCAAGACAUUACAACGCAAAGUUCAUGCAAGAUUUGUCCAGAAGGUUAUUUCUGUGUUGCCAACUCUACAACUUAUACUCAUCAAAUUUGUCCUUCUGGUUAUUAUUGUCCAACUGGUACAAGAUUUAACAUUCAAUAUCCAUGCCCUCCUGGUACUUUCAAUAACUUAACUGGCCAAAACAACGAAAGCGCUUGUUCACCAUGCACACCUGGACACUAUUGCGAAAAUAACGGACAGUCGGAGGUUACUGGAAAGUGCCAUGCUGGAUUUUAUUGCACUAUAAGAUCUCAUCUAGCAGAACCUUCACUAUCUAGUAUAGGUGGCCGAUGCUCUGCAGGAGAGUACUGUCCAAUCGGUAGUUCAGCUCCAAUUGGCUGUGAUCCUGGUAAAUAUUGCGAUGUAGCUCAAAUGGAAGCACCCAGAGGACCUUGCUCACCUGGAUAUUAUUGUAUUGCUAAUUCGACAACAUCACAACCGACAGGCGUUAAUGGCGAUCAAUGCUCACCGGGCAAUUAUUGUCCAGAGGGCAGCUUUAUGGAAACUCCAUGUGAUCCUGGCUUCUAUUUGCCAAGUUCUGGAGCGUGGAAUAUUUCUUUCUGCAUAAAAUGUACAUCUGGAAAAUUCUGUAAUGAAAGUGGAUUAGCAGCUCCAAAAGCAGAUUGCAAUAGAGGUUUCUUUUGCCCCGAAGAACAAAAAGUCAAAAAUCCGAGUUCUUAUCCAUGCCCGAAAGGAUAUUAUUGUCCAACCGGGUCUUCCACUCCAGUUAUCUGUCCAUCAGGAUACUAUCAAGAUGAGGAAAAUCAAUGGACUUGUAAAGAUUGCCCCGCAGGAUAUUUCUGUGACAACUCCUUGGAACCGGUGGUCAACUACACCGCAUACGAAUGUCCAAGAGGAUUCUACUGUCCAGCAAAUACAAACUCUUCCAACGAAUAUCCUUGCCCUGAAGGUACUUUUAAUAAUAUAACAACUCUAGGAUCUGAAAGCGAAUGUCUACCUUGUAUUGGCGGUUUCUAUUGUCCUGGUGGAGCUAUAACUUAUCCAUCAACUCCAUGUAGUCACGGCUAUUUCUGUAAGAGUGGAGCGAAAACAUCAACACCAACAGAGGGAUUAAAUGCCAAUAUUUGUCCUGUAGGACAUUACUGUCCCGAACAGACCGCUGAACCGAUUAAAUGUCCCGUUGGAACAAUGAGUAAUGCAGCUGGAAAUAAGAACGUAACAGACUGCCAACCAUGCACCAAAGGUUAUUACUGCGAAGAACUUGGACAAACAGUAGUCACUGGCCCAUGCUUACCAGGACAUUAUUGUCUAGAAGCAUCAACCGUUAACAACUCAAUUAUCUGUCCAAUAGGAAAAUAUUGCCCAAUAGCGACUCAUACUCCAAUCAACUGUCCAAACGGAACUUGGUCUAACGUUACAAAUCUUGAGGCUGAAAGCGAUUGUACUCCAUGUCCAGCCGGUUAUUAUUGUCAAGCAAACGGUCUAAUCGAGCCAGAAGGUCUUUGCCAACAGGGAUAUUAUUGUCCAAUCGGUUCUAAUGUUCCCAACCCAAUCACAUGUCCAAUUGGUUUGCACUGUCCUGUAGGAUCUCCUGAGCCAAGGUCUUGUUUGUCUGGUUAUUAUACAAAUACAACUGGUAUGAGUGUUUGUUUGGAUUGCCCCCCAGGAUUUUACUGUUUACCAGAAAACGUUACAGCCACAAACCCAGUUCCUGGAUAUCAUGAUUGCCCAAUGGGCUACUACUGCCCGAAUACCACUGGCUUAAAUUGGAUGCCAUGUCCAAAAGGAACUUUCUCUAGACAAACAAACCUCUUUAGGGUUGAGCAAUGUCAAGAUUGUGCACCUGGAGUUUACUGCGACAAGGAAGCAGCUGUUAACUACACAGGCCAAUGCUCUCCUGGCCACUAUUGUGAAGGUGGAGUUGAUAGACCUAACCCAAAUAAUGCUGAAGUAAAUAGCACUUAUCCUGCUUCAUGUCCUCUCCUAGGAGGUCACACUGGUGUUGGUGAUGUUUGUCCUAAGGGUUUCCAUUGUCCUUUGGGCAGUGCCCUUCCUACACCCUGUCCAAGUGGGUACUAUCAAGAUGAAGAAGGCAAGGCAACGUGUAAAAACUGCCCUCAAGGAUAUUAUUGUACAGUCAACAGCACAGACUUUUCCGAUAAAAUAUGUCCAUCAGGUCAUUUCUGCCCUCUGAACACUAAUAGUGCCUUCGAGUUCCCUUGCCCUGAAGGAACUUUCAAUAGCCUAGAAAAUCAAAAAAACAUAUCAGCCUGCAAAAAUUGUACUCAAGGAAAUUACUGUAUGGGAACAGGAUUAAGUGCACCUACAGCAAAUUGCAGUGAAGGCUGGUACUGCAGAGAAAGAUCGACGAAACCAAUGCCAGUAGAUGCAGAUGAAGGAGGUGAAUGUCCAACAGGUACAUUCUGUCCUGGAGGAUCAUAUGUACCAACACCCUGUACUCCUGGAAAUUACUGUCAUAUUGCAGGACUUCACGAACCUUCAGGUCCAUGUACACAAGGAUAUUAUUGUACCUUGGGAGCAUCUUUACCCAAUCCAACAGAUAAUAUCACAGGAAAUAUUUGUCCAAUGGGCCAUUAUUGUAAUAUUGGAUCCCCAGCACCAGCUCCAUGUGAAAUCGGAUACUAUUUAGACAGUACAGGAAAUGAUGUCGUUAGUGAUUGUAAGAUCUGUACUGAAGGCAAAUAUUGCGGAAGUGAUGGUCUGUCAAACCCGACUGGAAAUUGCUCCAGAGGUUUUUACUGUCCACCUGGUCAAAAAGUUAAUACACCAGGUAACUACACCUGCCCAGAAGGGCAUUACUGUUUAGAGGGAGUUUCUGAACCUUCUCCUUGUGCCAGUGGAUAUUAUCAGGAUCAACCAGGAAAAUGGGAUUGUAAAGAUUGCCCACCAGGAUUCUACUGCAACGCAACACUAGGUCCAGUUGUUUUUUAUGGAGCAUACCAGUGUCCAGAAGGUUUCUAUUGUCCAAGCAGAACCGAAUAUGACAAGCAAUACCCUUGUCCAUAUGGAACAUUUAACAACAGAACAGGCCUAAGUCAAAAGAGUCAAUGUACACCAUGUAUUGGAGGAUAUUCUUGCGACGAAGAAGGCAUGGCAUAUCCUGAAAGACUCUGCUCAUCUGCUUACUACUGUAGAACUGGCUCCAACUCAACAACACCAAAUAUGGGCUCUACUGCAGACUUAUGUCCAGCCGGUUCUUACUGUAUUGAAGGAACUGAUGCUCCAGUACCCUGUCCCGAGGGAACUUAUAGUCCUAAUGAAGGGUUACACUCAGAGAAUGAAUGCUUAAACUGUACUGGAGGUUAUUUCUGCAAUUCAACUGGUUUAACAAUGGUCAGUGGCAAAUGUGAAAGUGGAUUUUAUUGUACCGAAAGAGCUCACCUAUCAACUCAAGAGCUAUGCCCAAUGGGCUCCUAUUGUCCCCUUGGAUCUCAAUAUCCAACCGACUGUCCCAAUGGUACAUAUAGUAAUGCAACUGGAUUGAAAUCACAAGUCCAAUGUACAGAUUGUACCGAAGGUUAUUAUUGCAAUGGAGUUGGUCUUGUUACUCCAAGUGGACUUUGCAAGCCUGGAUACUACUGCCCUACAGGAUCAGAAGUUGAGACACAAAUAAUAUGUCCAAUUGGAAUGCAUUGUCCUGAAGGAAGUUCAGAGCCAAAGAAAUGUCUACCUGGAUCAUAUACCGACUAUAAAGGAGCAGCUACCUGCAUAGAAUGCCCCGAAGGAUAUUAUUGUAUUCCUGAGUUAGUUAUUGCAGCUAAUCUGGCAUCAGUCAAACAUCCUUGCCCAGAAGGCUUUUAUUGUCCUAAUGGAACAAGUUAUAAUUGGAAACCAUGUCCAAGUGGAACAUAUAGUAAUGUACAACUUCUAAGGAACGCUAAAGAAUGCACACCAUGCGAUGCUGGCUACUAUUGUGGUGGAACCAACCUUACUCAGCCAACGGAUAAAUGUUCAGCUGGCUACUACUGCGUUUCUGGCAUAGAUAGACCAAACCCAAGAAUGCUAAAUGAAAGCCAUUGUCCAGAAGGAACUGCACAUCCCAUGAUAGGCCAUAUUUGUCCAACUGGUCACCGCUGUCCAAUUGGAUCAAUUACACCUUUGGGUUGUGCACCAGGAAAAUAUCAAAAUUUGGAAGGACAAGAUACCUGUUUAGACUGCCCGAAGGGUUAUUACUGUUUGGCUAACACAUCGCAUUACCUAAAUAAUUCAUGUCCAUCGGGUCACUACUGUCCCCUUAAUACACCUGAUCAAUUUUCUAACCCAUGUCCUGCGGGAACAUUCAACAAUAAGACAAAUCAAUAUUCUUCAUCAUCUUGUUUGGCUUGCACUCCUGGAUACUACUGUCAAGGAACUGGAAAUACAGAUCCAUCUGGUAAAUGUAAUCCCGGUUGGUAUUGUAUCAAUGCUUCGUCAUCAGCUCAACCAGCAGACAAUACUGGAGGAGAGUGUACACCAGGAAAUUAUUGCCCUGAGGGUUCAUACGAACAGACCCCAUGUACAGAAGGAAAAUAUUGUAACUCUUCUGGAUUAUCUGCACCUGUUGAUUGGUGUGACGGCGGGUGGUAUUGUCCCAAUGGUUCUAGUUCCCCAAGAGAAAUUAUCUGUCCCAUGGGUAGCUUCUGUCCAAGAGGAAGUAAACUGCCUGAUCCAUGUAGAAAUGGAACAUAUGGAAAUGCUACAGCUCUUAAAGACCAAGAAGAAUGCAGAGAAUGCGACCCAGGCUUUUACUGUAAUGAGAUUGGAGCGAUAGCAGUUUCUGGUCAAUGCGAUAGAGGCUUUUAUUGUCCACCUGGUCAAAAGACACCAACCCCAUACAUUUAUAGAUGUCCUGCAGGUCACAUGUGUCAAGUAGGAACCUAUAUUCCACAAAGAUGUCCAAAUGGAGAAUAUCAACCUGUUGAAGGCAAAUGGAGUUGUAUUUCUUGUCAAGCAGGCUAUUAUUGCGAUAAUGGUCCAGCACCUAUUUCAUCAUUAGCUAACUAUACUUGUCCAGAAGGACAUUAUUGUCCAACAGGUACUAAAACAGCAAGACAGUAUCCAUGUCCUCCAGGUACAUUUAACAACUUGACCAAAUUGGAAAAUGAGGGACAAUGUCAGCCAUGCUUACCAGGAAAAUAUUGUCAAAAUAGUGGAUUGUCAAUGCCAGAGGGAGAUUGUUUCGCAGGAUUCUACUGUAAUGGAAGCACCAUUGAACCAAAUCCACCCUAUGCAAUCUGUCCUAUAGGAAACUACUGUCCAACUGGAGUCUAUGAACCAAUACCUUGUCCACCAGGUUCAUUAGCUCCGUCUACAGGAAAUAAAAAUGUUUCAGCUUGCGAGCCAUGCGCUCCUGGCCAUUACUGUACACCUGAAAGUAAUAAAGUUGGAAAAGCUGAAGAAUGUGAUCCAGGAUAUGUCUGUAUACGCAGUGCCGAAGUUCCAAAACCAACUGACGGUGUGACAGGCUACGUAUGCCCAACCGGAAAUUUCUGUCCAAAAGGUUCUGGUAAAGAACAACCAUGUGGAUUGGGAACAUUUGCAGAUGUUGUAGGCCUAGGUGAAUGUAAAGUUUGCUUGGCUGGAAGAACUUGCCCAGAAAUGGGAAUGAAUAUCACAAAUCCCUGCCCAACCGGUCAUUAUUGUCCGAAUGGUACUUACGAUUCUGGUGUUCCAUGUCCUAUCGGAUCUUAUAAUCCCCAUGAGGGAAUUGCCGAAUCUUCCCAAUGUCUAGACUGUCCUAGUGGAUUAUUCUGUAAUCAAACUGGUAUUGAUACACCUUCUGGAAAUUGUUCAGCUGGUUAUUGGUGUGUAUCUGGUGCUGAACAUCCCGGACCUAAUGACGGAACCAAUGGACUUUGUCCAGUUGGUCAUUAUUGUGAAGAGGGUACUAGAAAUGCAACUGCUUGUCCUCCAGGAACUCUUAAUCCACAAGAAGGUGGUAAGAGCUUGUCGGAUUGUAGACCAUGCACAGGAGGUUACUAUUGUGCCGAUUAUGGUAUGACUAUACCUUCAGGACCAUGCGAUAGAAGAUAUUACUGCCCAGCAAUUGCCAACAUUUCUAACCCAACACCAGUUGAUUUCAAAUGUAUACCUGGUCACUUCUGUCUAAAUGGAACAGUUCAUCCCAUACCAUGUCCACCUGGAACUUAUCAACCGAAUGAACUUAUGGAUGCUUGUAUACCUUGUCCUGCUGGAACCUAUUGUUUGGCAAACACAAGCGUUCCUUUAGAAUGUCCAGCAUACCACUUUUGCCCAGCAGGAACAAUUGAACCUCAAAUAUGUCCUAAUGGAACAUUUACAAAAUCAACUAUUCGCAGCCUUACUAGUGACACGCAAUGUGAAAUGUGCGAAACUGGAAAAUAUUGUGUCGAUGGUAGAGAAACUGGCGAUUGUGCAGCUGGAUUCUGGUGUAAGAAAGGAAAUUGGCAACCAACUCCCUUCUCAAAUGAAACAGAUUUAGCCAUCGGAGAACCUUGUCCAUAUGGCUAUUAUUGCCCAACGGGAACUCUGAAACCAGUACAAUGCCCAGAUAAUCGUUUCAUAGACAAGAGCGGAGCAUCACACAUUGGAGAAUGCGGCUACUGUCCUGCAGGAAAAAUCUGCGCCAUUGGUGGUAUUCCAAAACCAUGCUGGCCGGGCCACUUCUGCCCAUAUAACGAUACUAUUUAUAAAUGCAACAAAACAACAUACUUGGAUGAAUUUGGAGGAAAGAGUCCAAUGGAUUGCAAAGUAUGCCCAGCUGGAUAUUACUGCUUUAAAGAGGGAAUGACCAACUAUUCUGUCAGCCCUUGCCCACCAGGAUUUUAUUGUUACGAAGCAACAUCAAGCCCAAUUCCAUGUCCAGCUGGAACUUACAGAUCUGAAGCUGGCGCCGAAAAUAUAACUGAAUGUACUUUAUGUCCUGCCGGUUAUUUCUGUCCCAAUGUUAAUAUGACCGUAAACGGUACACAAUGUGAUAGAGGAAUGUUCUGCCCUCCAGGAAGCAAAUUACAAACGAUCUGUCAAGCAGGAUAUUAUUGUAAUAGAAGUAAAACUCAACAGCCUUGUCCGCAGGGAUAUUAUUGUGAAGCCGGAUCUGAAACACCAACGAGAUGCCCAUACGGUCACUACUGUCCAAGAAGCUACUCAUCUAAUGGAAACUUAAGAGGAGCGAUGACACCAAUCAAGUGCCCUCUUGGAUACAAGAUGUAUGAGGGUUCUAACAGGACCACUUUUAGCGAGACUUGUGAACCUUGCAUGAAAGGAUGGUAUGGUAAUCAUCCUGAAAGAAGAGACUGCUAUCCAUGCAGACCAGGUGUUGUAUGUAAGGAAAGGGCAAUCAGUGACGUUCCUUUGAGUAACAAUUCAGCAUCCUUCGGAGUUAACGUUACUAGAUCAUAUCCAUGUCCAGUAGGACAUUACUGUCCAAGGAAUAGUUCACUACCUACUCCCUGCCCAGUUGGAACUGCUAAUAAGAAACAAUACCAAGGUUCUAUUGAUAACUGUAUACCUUGUUCAAAGAAUCAUUUCCAACCCUAUGAGGGACGUAAAGCUUGCUAUUCAUGCGGAUCUAAAGCCACACAACCAAAGACAGGACAGCCAACUUGCAUAUGUAAUGGAGUAGGAAGAGAUUUCCAAUUUUCCGACAGAGACUGCCCUUGUAAAGUUGGAUAUAGAGUUAUGCUCGGAAGAGAAACUGACUGUGUCAAACACGUCUAUGACAAUUGCGUUGAAGGAGAAACAAGAACUCAAGAUGGUCUGUGUUACACAGCUAAACAAUGGGAAACUCAUUGCACAAACAACGUAUGUGGAGGAGUAGAAAAAUAUGCAGGUGUAGAGAAAUUGAUUGGCUUAUGCAAAUGUAUUACAGAAGAUAUUGAUGAUAUAUGUGAUCUUAAUUGUCGAUUGAAACAAAGAAAUUCUAUACAAUUACAUUGUCCAGAAAACUUGGCGCCAUUUAUUUCAGUAAAAAAUCAAAAUGGACAACCUCUUGCCGAGUUCAAAGUGGAAAAUCUCGGAAAAGUUAUUAACAGUCAAGAUGCUUUUGGAGCUGAUACUUGUACUAAGAAGGGAGCUGAACCGGAACCUAUGCAUUUACUAGAAUGUUCAAGCGAUGGUUUCUUCGGUAUUUAUGAACCUGAAGGCGAACAAUUGAAGAGCUUAUUCUUAAACAAUUACAAGGGCAUAGUUAGCUUGAAUCAAACUCAAGGAGGUAAACACGGCUAUACUUAUUCGAGAAGAAAAAGAGAUCUUAUACACUCUAGGCGUAGAAGAGCGGCAUCAACCCUACCUGGGUCGGUCAAUUCUGGAGUUUCAAACCCAACUGUUUGCUUGAAAUAUGGAGAAAGAAUGCUUUGGACAAUCACUAAAGAUCAUUACCCAGUUUACGACAGAAAUAAUCUAUUCAAUACCAAUGAGAAAUUCGAUUUCGGAGGCUUUAGAAAGUUAAUAGAAAAGAAGAGUCAACUAUCCUCUUCGGCUACCUUGUUUGCCUACAGAUUCGUUGAUCCUGGAGCGUAUGCUUUCUACUUAAGUUCGAAUGUCUAUAAGAAAAUGUACAUCCGAGUUAUGGCUGAAGAUGCUCAGUGCACAGAAGAUGGUCCAUUCUUCCCUACAACACCACGAUAUGUUAUUCAGAAUGGCUUAUCUAUUGAUCAAGAUAUUCUCAGAGCACCAGAUUGGGUUGUCAUUGUGGUUCUUUUGGCUCUGAUGAUAGCCGCUUUCAUUAUUCUUAUUAUUGCGCUUAUCUUAUUUAGGAAAUAUGGAUGGAAUAAGUCUAUGUUUAUUAACCCUAAAUACAGAAGAGUUACGAGGAAAUAUAAUAUGGAAGACUAUUCUAGUAAGGGAGCAGCUGUCAGCGCUGCUAAGAAGUAUCAUAGACUGGGUCUUGCUCAGGAGGAUGAUGACGAUGAUACUACUUUGGCAAUUGCCGGAAAAACAACUGGUGACGAAUACUGGGAUUAUGACAAACAAGUUGACUUGGAGGCUUUCUCAUCACCUAAAUUAUACGAAAUUCUGUCUGGUCAAAGUAGGGCAGUUACAAGAGAUCUUAGCAAACAAAAGGAAGAAGCUAAGAAUAUGUAUCAAAAGGUUAAUAAUCAAGUUGAUUCACUUAAAGGACUGUGGUUGGCUAAAUUCAAUUUGGAUCCAGUUAGAGCUGGUUUGGCCACACAUGAAGAUGUAGCUGCAUACGAACUGAAAUUGCAUGAACUUGAAAGAGAAUUAGAACGACGUAAGGAUCUAGGUUCUAAAUACGAAAAUGUUCUCGAAAGAAUUCGUGAAUUACAAGAUACUGAUGAAGAAUUAAGACUCAAACAUCAAGUUGCCUUUGAUAGUCUAACUAGGGAAGCCAUAAGACAGAUUGAUCAACAUGUAGAAAGACUCCAAAGAGGAAAGGUUAUCAAGAGUAACGGUGAAUUUGAUAUGAAUCAGCAUCAGAGCAUUUUAGGCAGAAUCCAAUUAUUAAUUAGCAAAGCUGAUGAUGAAAUAACUACUGAGUGUACCAGACUCGGAGUUAGUGGAAUAUUAGGUGAUGGAACUGGAGCACCAUUAAUCGGACCAAAUUCUGAACCUCUCAAGAAAAAUCAAUUGCUAACAGAAGAAGGAUCAGUAAGAGCAAAGGAUAUAUUAUUCGAGGAUCCUAUAACAGGUUUGAUUAAGAUCAGAAAAGGUUCUAAAAUGCUUACAGCCGAUGGUGAUAUUGUUAAUGUUCCAAGUAAUUAUGUACUUAAUACGCACACUGGUAAAGUUCUUCCAAUUGAAGUUGCCGCUUCAUUCGACCCCGUUGCUUACAAAUUGGUAGUUACAGUGGAUAACAUAAGCUGUGAUACUCGUCACUCAGAACCACUUUUACCGUAUAUACCAAUAACCUCUUCAACUCCUAUUAAAUUUAAACAACCAGAAAACCGAAGGAACUUAAGACUUGGCGAGCCAAUAGAAGAUCCCGAGAGCGGUCUUAACGUACCCAUACUAGGCGUGACUAUCCAUCCAACAACUGGAGCUGUAAUCCCAGUUGGUGGUGCCUUUAUUGAUCCUGUGACAAGAUUACUAACACCAAUUGAAAUUGGAGCAAUGAUGGAAGAUCCUGAUAAUUCAGAAUCCCCAGUUCCAAUUUUGGGUAUAACAAUUGACCAAGAGACUGGUAAAGUCUUACCUGUUGGUGGAUCCCGAACCUCAUCUAAGGGAAUUGUACCCAUUAUUCCUUUCGAUAAUUGUAUAGAAAACCUCAGCGGAAAAACAGUAAAAGUAAACGGAGCUUAUGUAAGAGGAGCUCAUGUUAACCCAUCUCAUGGUGGCAUGCAAAGUCUGUACGAUUCCAUCUCACUUUUCUGUGAAGCUAAACUUUCUCAUGCAACUGGUUCACUUGUUGAUGCUCUCCAGAAAGUAUCUAAUAUCUCUACAGGUUCCACUUUAAAUAUUCGUCACGAAACAUCUAAUUUGAAAACAAUCAGUGAUGAUCUUGAAAAGGGAAGGAAAACUAUGAAAAAUUCUCUUAUACGUACUUGUCUCGAUUAUGAAAGACGAUUGGAAAAGACUCAUGCCUUGGCAACUACUGGAGGUUGUCCAGGCAUGUACGAACACUCCCAAACAGGUCAACUUCUCCCGAUACUCGUUGGAACAAACAUCAGAGAUACAGGAACUGAAAUGGAUGUACCUAUCCUUGGAAUUAGACGAGAAAAAACAACUGGUAAACUGAAACCACUAGGCGGUACUCAUGAAGAUCCAGAGGGAUCUGGCUUGGUGCCAAUCCUUCUUGGACAUCAUGCAAUAGAUCCUAUUAACGGAAAGCUAUCAACAAUAUCAGGAGUUAGAUUUGAAAAUAAAACAAAUACAGUUGUACCGGUAACAGUAUCAAGUUCGAAUAGGAAGCAUAGAAAACCACCUCUAGGAGCACUCUCCGCCUUAGAAGAUGAAAUAGUGGCAAGAAAGAGCUUCUGGAGAAGACAAAGACAAAGGGAGCAAGAAUUAACUGUUCAAGAACAUAAACUACAAACCGAGAUUAUGUUCCAUAUACAAACCUUGAAAAUCGACCAAAUAGAAGGUGCACUGAAUGCAUUUGAAGAAAAGGCACAUGAUCUUUCCGAAGCUUGGAAGAGAGAGCAGAGAAGAAGAGGAGAUGCCCAUGGUGAAAUUUCAGCUAUUGUUCCACCCAAUAUUGUUUCUGUUUUAACUCUUAACGAUGAAGAAGAACAAAAAUCAGAGGAAGAACAUCACAAUGCUCAUAAAAAGUAUACCGAAACAAUUAAGAAGUUAUGCAGCAAAUUAAGAGCCGAACACAAUAAACUUAAGACUAAACUAUCAGAAUUAGAAGGAGCAAUGAAUCCACAAGCUGAACAGACUGCUCACUCGCGAUUUGAACAGGCAGUUAGUAGAUUACAAGGAGAAUUGAAAAUGCAUUUAUUGCAGAAAAUGGAAAAUUUAGACAAGAAACAAUCAUCUGAAGAAUAUUCAAGACAAAGAAGUGAAAUUUUGAUGAACGAAGCUAAAGCAAUAUUGAAUGGAGAUAUUUUAGUCGCUGGUGAGUUUGAUUGGAGUUCAGCUGGUAUCUUCUCAGAAGGAGAGGGAGAAAACUCCAACGAACUACUGCCAUUAUUGAAACAACUAUUACAAAUGCUUCAAAGCGGACAACCAUUCUACUUAUCGUCAGAUUUACUUACAACUUUGCAAGGCGGCGAUGUUACUAUUUACCAAGGCAAUAACUUACAGGUUAAUGGACAAUCCGGUCAUGCUACUUCGUCCAGUUCAUCUGCUGCUCAAGGAACAGUCGAUGGUCCUGGUAGAAGCAACGUAGUACAUGCUACUCAUGUACAAAGAGCUGAACAGGUUACAGGAACAGUUGAUGUAAGUGCUAAUACAUCAGCUUUAGUCGGAACAAAAGACUUGGAAGAAGGCUCAGGAGAAUCGAAAGCAAGACAAAUGUUUACAAAACAAUCUUACGAGGCUGCUAAAUUAGAAAAUGACCUCAAGAGUGACGAAAUCAGAAGAAUAAAUGAAACUGUUCAUGAAUAUGAGAAUAAAAAGAAAGGAGCAAUGACAGAAGUAGCAAGAGAUCUCCAAGAUAAAUUACUUAAGGCUAAUAGUGAGAGUGAUAGAGAAAGAAUUGUAGCUGAAUACGGAAGACAACUUCAGAAAUUGACAGAUGCUCUUGAAAAACAAAAGCAAAAACAAUUAGAAAAAUUAAGAAGAGAAUUGAUAGAAAAGAGGAAGGCUGAAAAGAAACACCUUCAUAGAAAACACAUCGGUGAAGCUCAAAACUUGGGUAUUCCCUUGGAAUUUGUACCUCAAAUAUCAAUGCCUCCUCAUGCUCAAUUGGAAGCUGAUAUUCAACAUCUAACAUACGAACAACAGAAAUAUCUCGCGGAACAAGAGCACGCCAAUGCACAGAGCAACGAAAUGACAGGUACUGAAGGAUUAGGAGUUUCCAGUGCAGAAAUAGACGCUUAUGUCGCAACAUUAGAUCUAGAUCCAACUCAACAGGCUCAAAUGGCAGAAACAUUGAAAACGAUGAACGAAAGAGCUCAGGAAAGAGGAACUAAAUUGAAAUCUUUACUCAAAUCUAGAAAGGGAAGAAACAAGGAAAGACCAGUAGACGUUGAUGGCUUAUCGGACGAUGACAAGAAAAAUCUUCUCACAGCUACUUCAGCCCAAGUUGGUGCUGAUAGAAUUAAUGAAGAUAAUGCUCUAUUAAACGGAUUGAGAGGAGCUCACUUAGAAGAACAAAGAAAGGCCGAAGAAGAAACUUUACGUAAAACAAUGAAAGGUGUAUCAGAAAGUGAUAUAAGAAAGAUCUUGGAAGAAUUAGAUAGGCAUAGAGUACAAGCUAAGGUUCUAGCUGAUAGAAAUCAAGUAAGCCAGAGAGAUGCCCUCUUGGCAAGAUUGGAAGCUAAGAGAAGGAUAAAGGAAGAACUAUUGAAAGAGGGAUCUGUCUCUGAGGAAUUAGACCAUAUCGUUAAGAAACAAGCUGAGAAAUACGAUCAAGAAACUGAAGAAAUCGUUACUGAUGUUGUCGGAAAUCUUAAAAACGCCUAUGAUAGUAAAGAUAGAAAAAAUCUUCAUCUCGAACAAGAACAAUUACAAGCUGAAAUGGAUGUCAAAUAUAGACAAAAAGUGAGGGAAAUGGAGGAAAAUCUAGAAGAAGAGGAAGCUAAAGAAGCGAGAGAAACUGAAAACCAACUGGAAGAUCAAAAGAGAUUGGCAAUAGACGCCAAAAAGAGUACCUUUGAUAGGGAAAUGUUGCUACACGGAAAGGGAUUGAGCGACGAAGAAUUCCAGAAAAUGAUGAAAAAACACGAAAAGGAAUUAAAUCGCUUGAAAAAUCUAUUUGACUGCGAAAAAGUUCGUCAGAGGAAAGCUUUGGAGAGGAAGAUUGCUGAAAGAAAGAAGACAAGAGGUGAGAGGCUGAAAGAGGAUUAUAAACUAUCUCUUAGCAAGGAACUUAGCGCCCAACAAACAGAAAGAGACAAAGCACAUAAUGAUGCUGCAAAGGCUAUCGAAGAAAAACUUCUCAAGGAAAAACUAAAAGAUAAUGACGAUGCCGAAAACCUCGUUUACACUGUACUAAGACAGAGACAUAUGAGAGAUGCUGUUCAUCUCGAGGAGAGACUAGCUAGAGAGAAAGAAGCAGCAAUUGCCGAAGCUAAAGCUCUUGUUGCUCAGCGUAGAGCAGAAGAUCGUGAAAAGCUUGAAAAUGCACAUGAAAAGGAACUGACAGAACUUGUUGCAAAUAACAUUUCAAUGUCUGGCGCCGAACUCCAGCAAAAGAUUGAUGAAUUGAACAAAAAGUACAAACAACAAAUGAGAGAAUACGAUUCCUUAACCGACAAAAUGGUAUUAACAGCUGGAAGUGAUGUUGAACCUCAAAUUGAAAUAGACCAAACUAAUGCUAGGUUGGCUCUAAAAGAAAAACACUUGAGAGAAAUUGCCAAUGCUAUGAAAAAGAUUGAUUUGGAAGCAAAUAUCAGAGCAGAAUAUGAAGCAGCUGCCAGAGAAGCUGAGGAAGAGGCAAAACGUUUCAGAGAAAGUACUUUUGUUAAAUUACAAAAGGAAUUAGAACAACAAAAAGCAGAAGCUAGAAGAAAGGAUGAAGAAAAACGAUUAGAGAUUGAAAAACAGAUGAAGGACAUCGAAAGUCAAUUGGCUCUUGAGUUACAGAAGGAAGCUGAAGAAAUAAUGAAGAGAGAAGCUGAAAGAGAAGAAACUAGAAGGAGACAACUCGAAGAAAAAGCCAUGCAAGAACGUCAAGCAAUUAUAUCGGCUAAUGUUAGUGAAGAUGAACGUAAAAAGCUACUUGAAGACCAUGAUAAGAAUUUGGAAAGAUUGAAUUCCACUCUUCUAACAGAGAAGGAGAAGGUUGCUUCGGCUCUGAAUGCCAAACUGGAAGCAAGAAGAAAGGCAAAAGAAGAACUUGAAAAGGCUAAAGUUGAAAAGAAUGCCAUAUUAGGAGAGGAAAAUCAAAAUUAUCAGAAUCUACAAACUUCCCUGCAACGACAAACAGAAAUCAACCAACAGAAAGACGCAAAGGCUAAAACUGCAGGAACACAACAAUCUAUGCCAAUACCAAAAUCAUCCGGUAUGGAACAAGAUUGGAUGAACAUGUUACUCGCUUCUCCUCUAUUCCAACAAAUUAGCGAAUUAGAACAAAUUCUUGACAAGAAUUCUGGUAAUGCUGCAAACUUUGUCCAAGGAGGUGAUUAUUCACAGGCCUAUAUUGACGUUAAAGAUGCCCAAUGGACUUGUGGAGGAAAACUUAAAACAACUGAUAUUUCUAACAUUUCUCCUGCUCAUUUCGUUCUUUAUCGUUUCGGAGUUUUCGUCGUUAAACUACUCAAUCAUACUAUUCAGACACCUCAAGUUACACUCAUGUUGGCGUCUAACCUACCAAAGAACAAUUACGAUCAGAACUGCUUCAGAAAUUCAUUCUUCUACGAAAGGGCUAAUAACAUCCUCUACGUAAGACAAGAACGUCUUGAGUCAGUAGGAGAUUUUGUUCUCCUAUUGGUGCAUGCACUGGCUCACAUAAAUUGCGAUGAAUUGAGCAGCGACAACAAUCCUCUAUUCUUGAGAACUUUCUACAGAGGUUUGAGAGUCGUUUGUCAAGAUAUGUUCUUCUCUCGAUCGCGUACAUCCGAAACUUCGCUAAGAAUGAUGACAUCAACCGGACCAGGAGGAAGAGCAGCUUUGGAACACGCCUUUAAACUAACGAAUAUCGCUCCAUUGAAGGUUAACGUUACAGAAGAAUUAAUUGAACAGAGAAUCAUCGAGGGAUCUAACUCAACCGACUUGGAGAAGGAAGCCGAUAUAUUGAAGAUGAAGAUGUUAAUUCAGUCUUCAAGCGGAGAUUCUCAAACAAACAUUAUUGAAGCUAAAAUGGCCUCCUUAAAGGGACAAGAACCACCGAAAGUCCUAUCUGGAUCAGAUUCGAAGAAGAGCGUCCAACAAAUUAAUUCUAGCGCAGAAUUCCUUCAGAGUCAGAUAACCGAUCUACAAGGCAAAAUUGAUACAAUUAAUGAACAGAUGGCUGAGCAAAUGUCGCAAGAAAUCCAAUACAGAGAAGGCGUAAAAGUUGCUAAAUCAGGCAGCGAUAAAGACCAACUAAACGAAAUAGAGAAACAAUUGAAUGAAUGUAUAGGCAGAAGAGAAGGAACUCAACAGCAAUUGAAAAUACUUGAAACCCAAUUGCAAGAGAAAUUUUCUCAGCUGAAAAAAUUUGGAAAAUGA